CUCGAAUUAAAACAACAUUAAGCGUAAAGAUAAACAUUCCCGAAUGACCAAAUAACACGUCAACUGCACUGAGAUUCUUUUUUCAAAGAAAGGCAUUUCAUCAAGUUUCUAUUGGGAAAAACUAAAGGAUUGCGCACAAUGUCUUUUGAUAGUCAACCGGCCGGUUUUUCUGGUGAUCCUUCACCGAUAAAUAGUGAGCGUGUUGCGUUAAUAACCGGCAUAACUGGACAGGAUGGUUCCUAUUUGGCCGAAUUCCUCCUAGCGAAAGGCUACGAGGUGCAUGGUAUUAUUCGCCGAGCAAGCACAUUCAACACUUCACGCAUCGAGCAUUUGUAUGCAGAUCCGCACACUCACAAGGAGGGUAAAAUGAAGCUGCACUAUGGAGAUAUGACCGACAGUGGUUGCUUGGUGAAGAUUAUCGCUCAAGUGCGUCCCUAUGAGGUGUAUAAUCUGGCGGCGCAAAGUCACGUAAAAGUUUCCUUCGAACUAAGUGAGUAUACGGCGGAGGUAGACGCCGUUGGGACACUUCGUUUGCUGGAAGCAAUCAAAACGUGCGGGCUGGAGAAGACGGUACGCUUUUACCAGGCCAGCACUUCGGAACUGUACGGAAAGGUCGUGGAAACUCCACAGAAUGAGAAGACCCCGUUCUAUCCCCGGUCGCCUUACGCGUGUGCCAAGUUGUACGGCUACUGGAUAGUUAUAAACUAUCGGGAAGCGUUCAAUAUGUUUGCCUGCAAUGGUAUUCUUUUCAAUCAUGAAUCACCCAGGAGAGGUGAAAAUUUUGUUACGAGGAAAAUCACCCGAUCUGUAGCUAAAAUAUACCUCAACCAGCUGGAUCACCUGGAAUUGGGUAAUCUGGAUUCCAAACGAGACUGGGGCCACGCUCGGGAUUACGUCGAGGCGAUGUGGCUUAUGAUGCAGCGGAAAAAUCCCCAGGAUUAUGUGAUUGCUACCGGGGAAUGCCACUCGGUGCGAGAGUUUGUCGAAGAAUCAUUCAAAUAUGUUGGCCGUGAGAUAGAAUGGCGAGGGAAAGGGUUGGAGGAAGUCGGCGUAGAAAAGGGGACGGAUAUCGUCCGAGUACGGGUGAACCCGAAAUAUUUCCGCCCGACUGAGGUAGAUUUGCUGUUGGGUGACGCGAGUAAGGCGAAGGAAGAGCUCGGUUGGGCUCCGAGAAUAACAUUUUUGGAGCUGGUGGCGGACAUGAUGGCAGCUGAUAUUCAGUUGAUGAAAAAGAAUCCGAGCGCUUAGAUGACACACUGUAGCCACAGUAGGCUGUGGGUUUUGCCUCCUGCUUCACUUCGCAAACCAUAAUGUAUACAUUUAAUAUAUUACAUUCCUCGCAUGAAUUUAAGCUACAUUCAAAGGCUGUUUCCAUCGUAAAAUGAUUAAAUUUUAUUCAGCGAGUAUGAUUGCUAUUAGCGAAUGCUAAUGGUAAAUAUAAACAUGAUUUUGUUUCAGAUAACUGUAUUUAUAUAUAUGUUGCAAUUUAGGCUGAACAUACAAUAUUGAUAGUAUAAGAGAGAAAUAAAAUGACUCGUUCGUCAAUUCCAUUUCGGA